CAUUUGGCGGACUUCUUCUAAACGGUUCGAAUUGGUCGUCUUGCUUAAUGUCCAGAUUUCCAAAAUUCAUUCGAUCUUAAGCCCGGUUACCGGAAUCUUCGUGAUUCUAGUUACCGGAUUACACGUUCACCAUCACCUGAAAAUCCAGAAACACUGCAACCUAGAUCUAGAGGAACCAACGAUGGUGCUGGUGGCCGCCGUACGGGAUUACAUCAACCGGAUGUUGCAGGAUAUCUCCGGCAUGAAAGUUCUCAUUCUCGAUUCUCAAACGGAGUUCUAUGCUGAUUUUAUUGCAAUUAAUGCACUUCAUUUCACUUUAAAUAUGUCCUCAAAUCACCAAUAUAUGCUCCCAGCAGUUGUAGAUCCUUCAAGUUUACAGCACUACUGUGACCGGGUUGUUGAUGUUAUGGCUGCAGUUUUCUUGGCAUUAAAACAAAAACCUCUCAUUAGAUAUUCAGGGACCUCUGAUAUUACAAAAGGGAUUGCACAUGAAACAUAUAAGAAUGGAAAUGUCUCCAUUAUUGCUUAUAGUUGAUAGAAGGGAUGAUCCUGUGACUCCAUUGCUUAAUCAAUGGACCUAUCAGGCAAUGGUUCAUGAAUUGUUAGACAUUCAAGAUUUGACUUGAGAAACAUUGGCAAAGUCCCCAAGAUCAGCAGGAAGUUGUGCUGUCAUCAUUACAAGAUGAUUUCUUCAAAGCUAACGUGCAUGAGAAUUUUGGAGAUAUUGGAAUGAAUAUCAAAACAAUGGUGGAUGACUUUCAGCAAGUUGCAAAAAGCAAUCAAAAUAUUCAAACAAUAGAAGACAUGGCCAAAUUUGUAGAUAACUAUCCUGUGUUCAGAAAAAUGCAAGGCAAUGUUUCAAAACAUGUUACAUUGGCCACAGAAAUGAGCAACAUAGUGGAAGAGAGAAAGCUUAUGUUGGUUUCACAAAGAGAGCAGGAGUUAGCCUGUGAUGAUGGGCAAGCAGCAGCUUUUGAGUUAAUGAAUGCAUGAUAGUCAUAGAUGAACCAAGAGGUUAACCAGUCUAGCUGUGGAGGGAUCUUUACUUUAGCAAUGAACAAAGGUUAGUGAUUCAAAAGCUAUAGACAUCCUCUUUUUUAUAUUAAUGUCUUAGACCACCUGCCAACAUUGUGGAAAUGGCACCAAAUCCUGUUAUUAGAUCUCCCCUUCAUGGGGUUUGCAAUGUAGCAUUCAUUGUAAGCCCAACUUUUACUGUGAUUGCACUAGCAGCAACAUUUUUUGGUGCAGAUCAAAUGUUGUAUGCCCUUCCAUAGAUAAAGGGAAGAAAGAGUACUAGACUUAGCAGAAGACCUGAAGGAAUAAGAGCGAGCAAAGACAUAUAUGUAACAUAAGUACAUUAGAACAUGUUGGUGAGAUCUUGCUAGAGGUGAUUAGCAUUGCAUAUUAUGGAAGGAGCUUACAUCUAACAGAUUUUGAUAACAUUUAAUGAAAAAAAGUAUCCAUAUUGUAUUCACACCAUGUGCAAAAUAUAUCAAAUUAACAUGUUUCUGUCUG